UGUAGGAAGAAGGCAUGUUGAAAUCGAAACCACACGAAGUUAAAAAAGAGUAGAACUGUUUUCUUGUGAGAGAGGGAACACAAAUUUUAAUGUUUCAGAACUUCUGUGGACAAGACUCUCUCAAGUUGAGUAAAAGAAAAACAUCUUUUUGCAGAUAGCGUAAACGAGACUAAAAACAUUAGAGAAGAACUGGGGUGCUUUUGGCGAAUCUCCAACUGAAUCUCUUCUCUAGUUCUUCACUUAAAACAACUUGAUAGACUAGUUGAAAGAGCGGCAUGUAACGUCUUAUCUUUAAUUACUCAUGGAUCGCCAAACGUAUAGCGCGAAAAUUGUUUUUCUCUUGACUUGCGCAUGUCUGCACUUGUGUUUUAGCUCUGUUAUUAAUAUUGAAGAUAAUGGUUAUAAAGGCAUUGUUGUUGCAAUUCACAAAAAUGUUCCAGAGGAUGAAGAGUUGAUAGAAAAUAUAAAGGUCUUGUUUUCAAGAGCAUCCACUUUCCUUUACAAUUCCACAAAGAACAACUUAUUCUUCAAAGAAGUGAUCAUUGUUGUACCUCCAACAUGGACAACAAAACCAGAGUAUGAAGCCCAACCAGGAAAUUUUUUUAGCAAUGCCCACGUACGAGUGGAUACACCUAAUCCUGAAUAUAAUGAUACACCAUAUACAUUGCAAGCAGGAGGCUGUGGUGAACCGGGUCAAUACAUUCACUUGACACCUUGGUUUCUGAAAGAACUACAAGGAAAAACAGUUGAAAUGUUUGGAGCACCAGAAAGGCAACUUGUACACGAGUGGGCUCAUUUGAGAUAUGGCGUAUUCGAUGAGUAUGGUAUUCCAGGGAACAAGCGUUAUCCAAUGUUUUAUAGAGAAGGAGGAAAAAUUCGCCCUACAAGUUGUGUUCGAGAUAUCAAAGGAUGGAUAGAAUCACGUGAUGGUGGACCUUGUAAAAUGACAGCCGAUGGACAAGUUGACGAGGAUUGUAUUUUUAUUCCAAAUAUGCAUAGUAAUGAAGCUAAAGCUUCCAUUAUGUAUAUGCCUUUUAUACCUUCUAUGGAAGGAUUCUGUGAUGAUGGUAGUCACCAGCAUAACGUGUUAGCACCUACAAAGCAUAAUGAUAUUUGCAAUUAUAAAAGUACAUGGGACGUCAUUUUACAGCAUCCUGAUUUUCAAAAAAUUCGAUCAAAAAGAGAUGCAUCAAGUGAGCUUACUGAAACCCUUUUCCGAUUGUUUCAGUCACCAAAGAACCCAACAUCCCGUUACGUACUAGUUCUUGAUGUCUCUGGCAGUAUGAAUGGUCAGCCUAUGAAAUUGCUCCAUGGUGCAGCAACAAGAUUAAUUGAAGAUCGAGUUCCUGAUGGAGCUUACUUAGGAAUUGUUCAAUUCAGUACUGAAGCUAGUACUUUACAGAAUCUUACUAAGGUUGAUAACGAAACACGGAAAAUGUUAAGCAAUAAUUUACCAGCCAAAGAUGAUGGAGGAAUGACAGCAAUUGGCAAAGGAUUACAGGAAGCUAUCAAAGUACUUACAAACGAUAACGGUACUGUAGAUUCUGGUCUUAUUAUGCUAAUUACUGACGGAGAAGAAAAUGUGUUACCUUUUAUUGAGGAUGUCUUACCCAAAGUCUUGCAAUAUAAUGUCAUAAUAAAUGCCGUGGCUUUUGGAACGAGUGCUAGCGAUAAAUUAGAAAAUAUUACAACAGUAACAGGUGGAAGAGGAUAUUUCUUCUCAAAUAAUGGGAGUCGUCCAGCAUCAGCUCUAGAUUCUGCAUUUCUGGAAUCGAUUACAUCUCAGGUAGACGUUGAAUUACAACCAGUUCAACUCAAGGAUGAAAUGUUCAGUUUAGAUGCACCAACAGUAACAAAACACGUUCACAUCGAUCAAGAGUUAGGCAAAGAUACCACGUUUACCAUCACUUCACGCCAUAUUACAAGAGUUGGGGAUGUAAUUUUACGAAGUCCAUCUGGAGUUGUGUUUGACAGCAAACAUGAUGGUUAUAGUCGAGAUGACAUACAGCGACAACGAAUUCAAAUUUCUUUACCGACAACCGAACCAGGGAAAUGGGAGGUUAUCAUCCGAAGAAGAGAUGAUUAUCCAAUAAUAGUUGGAUUUACAGUGACGUCUGAACCAAAAGACAUUCGCGACCAACCGAUUCGGGUUCGUUCCUGGUUGAAUGAAAUACAACUAAAAUUUCCAGCACACGCCAAAGUAUAUGCAGAAGUUAAGAAAGGAUAUCUUGCAGUGAUUGGAGCAACUGUUAUUGCCACAGUGGAAAGACCUAUUGGAUCAACUAUAGAUAUUGAACUUAAAGAUGACGGUUUGGGAGCUGAUGUAACAGAAAAUGAUGGAAUUUAUACUGGAUAUUUCACACAUUUCAAUGGAAAUGGUCGAUAUGCUGUGAUAGCUAGGAUUUCCAAUGAUGGUCAAGCGAAACUUAAGCAAGGCAUUUUAUCCUCUGGUUCACCACCAAUUCCUGUACUUAAAGGAUCUUCUACAGAUGAAUCUCCACCCUUAAAUGAAUUUGCUCCAGAAAAUUUUGAGCUGGUACCGAAAAAUGAGAGCAAACGAGAAAAAGAGCUCAACGCAAUUCCUGCCAAUAAUUUCGAUCGAUCUUCGAACCCAGGAGCCUUUCGUUUAGAGUCUUGGACACAAGAUGCAGGGGAUCUUAUCCCUCCUGGAGACAUUUCUGAUUUAUCAGUAGUUAAUGUCGAGACACUAUAUGAUGAACAUAGAGUAACACUUCAUUUCACUACUCCCGGAGAUGAUAUAGACGUCGGUCAAGUGACAGCUCUUGAAAUGAAAGCAAGCAACAAUAAAGAAGAUCUCAUUAAGUAUUUUGAAAGCGCUACAACUGUAAAUGAGUCGGACGUUAUUAAUGGCUCACUGAUACCUUUGUCUCCUGGGAAAAAAGCCUUUUUAACUAUUAGAGUGCCUGAUAUCUUAGUUGUAAACACUUCUGAAGAUUUCAGCAUACACUUUGCUAUAAAAGCUCGAGAUAACAAUGGAUCCUACUCAUUAAAAUAUAAUAUUGCAUCUGCUUAUUUUGGCAACCUCAUCGAAAAACCAGUUGAGGAAGAGGAGGUAAAAGAAGAACCCAGUUUAGAUAAAGAAAUAAAAGAAGAAGUAGAAGAGGUUACAACUGAAUCACUCAAUGGAACACAGGCAGGGCGCAAUUUUGAAGAAACAGAAGAACCAAAUUUAGAUGAGAAUAAAACUGACGAAAGUAACUAUGAAAUAGACAACGAAGAUUUCCAAUCAGAAGAAUUGACGACAUCUAAAACAGACAAUGAAGCGGACAGAAAAGAAGAGCCGAGAGUUCAAGAAUUUGCUAAGCAAGUAAAAGAUGGUAAACGAAAUAAGUCGUUUUUGUGGUGGCCUGUUGUGGUUGGUGUGGUGCUAGCACUUACGAUAAUAAUGAUAGCUGUAUUUAUAGCUGUCAUUCUCAUUAAGAGAUCGAAAAAGAAGUCUUAUAUCUCAGUACGAAGUCACAGCCAAUCUUGUUAAACAUUCCAUUUUUAUCAGACUUUUCAUUAACUUCAAAACUGAUCUUUGUUUUGGAAAGUGUACAUUUUUUUUAAUCAAAAAAUAAGCAUUUUAGAUAUUAUUUCCUUCUCUUUAACAGAUUAAUCUUUUGAAUAAUUCUUAAAUAUGGUUGUAAUAUUUAUUCAACUGAUCAAUGAGAAAAAAACCUAUCUUCUCCGCACAAGUAAUAUGUUAAAAAGUAUGCAAAGGCUUCAUUUUCAAUUAUUUGUCAUCAUUAAGCUAAAUUUGCAAAUGAUUAUGUUUGCAGUUGUGAUAAUUUUAUAAUACUAUUUGCUUGGUGUAAGAUUAAACUAUGUGAAUAAAAUGUUUUUAUUGAAUUUUAAA